AUGUCUCCUGCUCAACUAAGAUCCGCUGGCCGGCUGGCCCAGCUCGCUGGACAUGUGAAUGGCGCGCGACAGUUCUCUACACGGCCUGCUCUGCGCAAGGAGAUCCAGGACGCUUAUAUCCUAAGCGCCGCUCGAACUCCUACAGCAAAGUUCAAUGGCUCGUUCCUGUCAGUAUCGGCUCCUAAGCUCGGCGCUGUCGCUAUCAAGUCGGCCCUGGAAAAGUCAAAGGUCCCCGUCGAGAAGAUCACCGAUGUAUACAUGGGCAAUGUGCUUCAGGGUUCCGUUGGCCAAGCGCCUGCUCGACAGGCCGCUAUCUUCGCGGGUCUGCCCAAGGAGAUCGAGGCUACCACUAUUAACAAGGUCUGCGCUUCUGGACUCAAGGCCGUUGCUCUGGCUGCUCAAAACAUUCAGCUGGGUCUCUCUGAGGCUCAGAUCGCCGGUGGAAUGGAAAACAUGUCACAGGUCCCAUACUACGUGCCCCGCGCCAGUGGUCUUCCUGCCUUUGGCCAUGUCAAGAUGGAGGAUGGUCUUAUUAAGGACGGUCUGACUGAUGUUUAUGACCAAUUCCACAUGGGCAACUGCGCCGAGAACACCGUCAAGAACUACAAGAUCACCCGAGAGCAACAGGACGAGUACGCUAUUCAGUCAUACCGCAAUGCGCAAAAGGCUUGGGCUGACAAGGCCUUUGCUGACGAGAUCGCCCCCGUUACCGUCAAGUCACGAAAGGGCGAGACUGUUAUCGACACCGAUGAGGGAUUCAACGAGGUCAAGUUCGACAAGAUCCCUACGCUGAAGCCUGCUUUCGUUCGUGACGGAAGUGGCACUGUCACCGCGGCCAACUCAUCGACUCUUAACGAUGGUGCUAGCGCUCUUGUCCUCGGAAGCAAGGCUAUUGCCCAACAGUACGGCUCUGGCUCGCGCGUUCUGGCCAAGAUCUGCGGUUAUGCUGAUGCUGCCACUUCUCCCAUUGACUUCCCUAUCGCUCCCGCCAAGGCUGUUCCCAUUGCUCUCGAGCGUGCCGGUAUCACCAAGGAUCAGGUUGCCAUCUGGGAGUUCAACGAGGCUUUCGCCAGUGUGAUCCUGGCCAACUCCAAGAUUCUGGGUCUUGAGGGCGCCAAGGUUAACCCUCUGGGUGGUGCUAUCUCGCUGGGCCAUGCUCUUGGCAGCUCUGGUUCACGAAUCUUGACAACCCUGCUACAUCAGCUUAAGCCUGGUGAGUAUGGUGUCGCUGCUAUUUGCAACGGUGGUGGUGCUGCGACUGCAUUGGUUGUCCAGCGUGUUGAGUCUGUAUAA